CAUUAUGUAACUGGUUUUUAAUCAUUGUACUCUUUUUGGUCUUUUAAACACAGUUGUGGUCUCUUUGGAGAGCAUGCAUAUCAUUGUCCCUGUUCCUUGGAAAAGGCCAUCACUGAUUUGGGACAGAUUAAAUCUGGACAAGAGAUGUAGUUCAUCCUGCAUUCAUUACAUUUCAUUCUUUCAGCUCUCUGGGGAUUCCCUCUUCAGUGACUGUUUGACCCAUCCAGUUAAUAUGAACUGGGAUGGAUUUUUCCUUGGUGAUACAAAAUCCACCAAUCCCAAAGCUGCACAGACAGCAACUGUCAGCAGCACUGUAACUCUGGUGUCUUUGAGGCAGAGAGGGUAUGGAGGAAGUGUUGUGAAGGUGUGCAGUCUCCAUGCACCCUGUUCUGCAAAGUAUGAGCAGGGAAUCUUUAAUUCUUCAGAGAGAUUCUCAAGAAGUAUCAAUGAAAAAUCCAAGGACAUGAAAAUAGUGGGAUCAACUACAUUUCCUGUCAAAGUCUAUGUCAGGUUGAAUCAUGAAAGUCCCCGUAUUCUAUGUGUGACAAAUCGGCUACGGGUUUCAGAACUGAUUGAUCCAAUAUUCCAGUGGCAUGGACCAAAUGGUGACAUGGUUGCAGAAAAUAGCAGUGUGAAAAUAACACCAACAGGAACCCUAAUAUUCAGACAUUUCAAAUACGACAUGAGUGGAGUUUAUACCUGUUCGAUUGUAUAUAAACCAACUGCAGAGCAGAGUGAAAAAAACUACUUAAUCAAAUAUGUGAUUUAUGCUUAUUCUGAUCCCGACUUUUACUACGAGUUUACAGCCCGAUAUCAUUCAGCGCCCUGCAAUAGUAUCUACAACGUUUCUUUUGAGAAGAAGUUGCUUCAAAUACUAACCAAACUAGUUGCUGAACUUUCUUGUGAGGUUACUUUAGUUAAGUCAGAGUGCCAUCAUGUUAAAAUGCAGAAAGCAGGUCUGCAAAAUGAAAUCUUCUUUACUUUUACAGUUUCUUCCUUCGAAGAAAACAAACCAAAGAAUCGCUGUCAGAAAAACACUUGUGAUAAAACUAAAAGAUUAAACAAGGCAAAAGAUCUUAUAGAGAAAUUUUUUAAAGAACAAGUGGAAGUGCUGGGAAAACGUUCUAAUCCAUUGCCUGAAAUAUACUACAUCGAAGGUACCCUACACAUUGUGUGGGUUAAUCACUGCCGCCCAGGAUUUGGAAUGAACUCUCUGAUACAUCCAGAUUGUCCUGAUUGUUGUGUUAUCUGUAGCCCAGGAACAUACAAUCCCAGUGAAGGAGUUCAUUGUCUUCUGUGCAACAGGACUUUGACAUAUGGAGCAACAAAAUGUUAGCAGAAUGUCAGUUGCAGUAUUUUGCUCUUUUCACUACUCUAUUGUGCAUUGUUUUUUCACUUGGUAAAAUCAAUAAAGUGAUUCUAACAACUUGUAUGGGUAUUUUUGGUUACAACCAUAGAAGGCAUUUGUUUUUUAAAAUGAGUGACAUCUCACCAUUUUAACAAAGUAUUUUAGGUCUGCUAUAAUUUGGGACUGUUUUAUUUUUUAAAGUGUAUGUGCAUGUCACUAUAAGCCACUUUUUAAUGAGCUAUAGCCUGUUUCUAAAGAAAUCCUUCUAAAAAUUCUUAGACGUUUAUGUAUAAUUCAGUCUAUUGAUUUUGUGGUCCAAAUUCUGUUACAGCGCAGGCUCCACACUAGCCAUUCAGAGGGUCGUGCAUACGAGAAGAAUCCCAUGCAUAAAAACCUACUUGUGUGUUUCUUUACAGAAGAAAAAUUACAGUAAUAAAAUCAACCCAUAUGCAAUUCCUCCCCAGAAGGUACAAGAAUUUCACAUUAAACAAUUGAUAAUAAUGUCAUCAUAUUUCCUGUUUCACUUACGCCAAUCCCAGAAAUUCCCAAAGUGAGUUUAAAGGUCUCUUUACUCUAAACCAACAAUUAUCCAUUCAACUUUUUAUUUAAUUUUACAUGACUACAGUUGGCAGCCUUGUAUAUAAGAGAUUCAUGACUAACCUGUUGUCUUAAUACAUUCCUUCUUACUACUUGUUCCUAGCAGGCCACACCCUGCUGGAUGAUAAAGCAGCUAAAAUAACCUAACUUCUCAUUGUUACCUGUUCAGGAGACUUGCAGACUAGUACCUAUGGAAUUUUUAACAGUUUUAUAAAACUCUAUUAACUUAGACUUUUCAACUUUGCCCUAUGUGUGUUGCAAAACCAGUUUUUAGAUAAUUUAUUUUGGCCAUUCAUUUUUUUGGAGAGGGGGGAGGAUAGGUUGGUUCAAAGGGAUUUCAAAAGUGUUCAUUUUAUUUUUUUUGUUUUUAUUAAUAUUUUAGAUGGAUUAUUUGAAUAUAUAGUCUCAAAGAGGGGAUGUAUUGCAGUUACCUUUGGAGAAGAUUAAAUUAAUUCUUGAUCUCAGGACAUUUCAUUUGUAAAUUAUCUCAGCUCACAUUCCCUGCAUAGCACAGAACACAUAUUUCUUAUCAUUUUCAUUACAGUUGUAUGAAAAGAAGCUGAUAGUGAAGGCAUUUUCUAGCCAUUUUGUUUCAUCACCAGGUAGGAAGUUUAAUAGAGCUUGGGAUUUUCCAAUCCCCAUCUCACAAAAAUGAACCAUGGAUUUAAAUGUGUGUAUUUGCCCAAUUAACACCUUCUGAGAUCAAGAAUUGAAAUACAAGUGUGUAUAUAUCAAACAAUUUAGUUAGCAACGUAUUAAUACAUUUUUACAUGUAAAAUGAAGCCUGAGGCUUCAUAAAGAUUCUGAUUUGAUUUGAAUUGUGCCAAAAAUAAAGUUUUGAAAAACAGUUUUAAUAUGCUUUUUAUAGAUUUAGCUAGUUUAUCUAUAAAGCAUGUUUAUUUGUAUCAGAGUCCUGUAGAUAAUCAAGAAUAAAUGCAAGACCAUAAUGAAGAUUUAACAGAAUGACAUUUUUUAUUGCUGAAACAUUAGUAUAAACAGCAUAACUAAUAUUUAGCAGAAUAUAUAAAAUAGCUAUUUUUAUCAAAUGCCAUUUUAAAAUAAGUAGCUGGGAAAAAGCAGUGUUGGAAAAAAAAACUUUAGUGGUAAGUUAAGAUAUCACCACUCAACUUGAAUCAACCAAAUGCCUGAAUCCUAGUUAUUUCUCUUUUCAUGUGGCAAAUAGGAAUGAACAGAUGCAAACUGGAAAUGCUGUUACACUACUUUGAAGCACUGCACGUCAAUGUCAUCUCCAUAAUUAGCCAAUCACAAUAACACUAAAUUACUUAGCAUUAGUUUGACUUAUCAAUGGUUGAUAAAGCAUAGGAAACAGUGAGUAUUGUCUUAGCAAUUAUGUAGACUUGUGCUGGUAAAAACAUGCCAAAUAACAUAAGCACAUGGAGUUUUGUACAGUACCUACUGCAAAUUAAUUCCAGUAUUACCCCUCUGAAAUGAAUGCAAUUAAUUUUAAGGUAACAGAGACAAACGAUUAAUCAGCAUGUUAACUUUAUGUAUAGAUAACUUAAUAUAUUUAUUAAUCUGUUAUUCUUAAAAAAA